AUGACCAGAGAAAAUUACACUUCGCUGACUGAGUUCAUCCUGUUGGGAUUAGCAGACACAAUGCAGCUGCAGAUUGUCCUCUUCCUGCUCUUCUUGGUGAUUUACAUGCUUACAGUUUGGGGGAAUGUGGGGAUGAUCCUCUUAAUCAGGACCGAUGCCCGACUUCACACUCCCAUGUAUUUCUUCCUGGCUAACCUGUCCUUUGUGGAUGUUUGCUAUUCAUCAACCAUCACCCCAAAGAUGCUGGUAGGUUUAUUAUCAGAGCAGAAAACCAUCUCCUUUGCUGGCUGCUUUGUGCAGAUGUACUUCUUUAUCGCAUUGGGCACUACUGAAUGCAUCCUCUUUGGGCUAAUGGCCUAUGACCGUUACGUGGCCAUUUGCAACCCACUCCUUUACUCCCUGAUCAUGUCCAGAACAGUCUGUCUUCAGAUGGCAGCAGGGGCUUUCGCAGCAGGACUAUUGAACUCCAUGGUGAACACGAGCUACGUCAGCAGAUUGCCGUUCUGCGGUUCCAAUGUCAUCCAUCACUUCUUCUGUGACAGCCCUCCACUUUUUAAGCUCUCGUGUUCUGACACACACCUGAAUGAGAGCAUCUUUUCCGCAUUUGCUGGUGUGAAUAUGGUCGGGGCUCUGCUGGUCAUCCUCGCCUCCUACUCCUACAUUCUCUCCUCCAUCUUCCGUCUGCGUUCAGGGGAGGGCAGGCGCAAAGCACUGUCAACCUGUGCCUCCCACCUGACCGCUGUGAUUCUGUUCUAUGCCACCUCCAUCUACACUUACCUGAGACCUAGUUCCAGCUACGCCCUGGAUCAGGACAAAGUGGCCUCCGUGUUCUACACGGUGGUGAUUCCCACGUUGAAUCCUCUCAUCUACAGCCUCAGGAAUAAGGAGGUAAAGAAGGCUUUAUGGAAUGUAAUUACCAAGAAACGGAUCCCUUCACUUUUGUGA